ACAGUUAUACAGACAGUUCCACCAAUAAUGGUCAUGUUUGCCAAGUACCCGAAGGUAGCAGAUUAUGACCUCUCCUCCAUCAAGGUUGCAGUUUGUGGAGCUGCUCCACUUAGUAAAGAGAUAGAGGACAUGGUGAAGGAGAAGCUUAAAAUACCAUGUGUUCAUCAAGGAUAUGGUAUGACAGAAAUUGGUGUAUCACAUAUAAAUGGUAAGACAGAAUUUAAACAUAAAUCUGUGGGCAAACGUCAUUCACUUGUACAGAUGAAGAUAGUUAAUGUAGACACUGGUAAACCAUGUGGUGUCAAUGAGGAAGGGGAGAUUUGGAUUAAAGGACCUCACAUGUGUCUUGGCUAUCUUAACAACGAAGAAGAAACUAAAAACUUCUUCACUGAAGAUGGCUGGGCAAAGACAGGUGAUAUUGGUCGGGAAGAUGAGGAUGGUUUCCUGUUUGUUGUUGACAGACUGAAAGAACUAAUAAAAUAUAAGGGUUACCAGGUGGCACCGGCCACACUAGAAGAUAUAUUGUUACGUCACAAUUCAGUGGCUGAUGUGGGUGUAGUUGGGCUACCUGAUGAGGAAGCUGGAGAACUACCCAGGGCAUAUGUUGUCAAGAAGGCAGGGAAAGAAGUUACUGAGGAGGAACUUGUUGAUUUUGUCAAUGGUCAAGUGGCGCCCCAUAUGAAGCUGAGAGGAGGUGUUGAGUUUGUAACAGAAAUCCCACGGACUCUUUCAGGGAAAAUUUUAAGAAAAACAUUGAGGGAGAGAGCAAAAACAUGGAAAGAACAAAAAGAUGCAGCUUCUUGAAUCUGUUAUAGUCUACGAUUUGUAUGUAUAUAUGUCAAAAACAUUUAUGAAGUACUUUCUGCAGAUUUUAGUUUUCACAAGAAAUAUCUGUUAGAACUUUGACCCUAAUGUAAGUUUAUCUGAAAGUAUAAACCAUCAAUAUAGUGGAUACAAUUAUACAAGUACAUGUAUUUUAUUUAGUGGAUAAUAAAGUAGUACCAUAUAUAUUAAUGUUUCAUUCAUACAAUAUGUUUGUUAAAACAAAACAUGUUUACUGUGUAUGAUACUCCUAGGUAGUUUCACAUUGUGUAUGUAAAGAGAUAUAUUUUAAUAAAUAUAAAGACUUUU